GUCACACACAGGACCAAGCAGGAGCAGGACAUCAGCAUUUUGACCUUUUAUUACAAAUGGAGACACAUGAAGAUGUUCAAUACUGUUUUCAAGACGGAAACUCUUCUUGCAGAAAGGCUUUGCUAUCGACAUCUAUCUACAUAACACUGUACAUCUUCUUCUCAUUGAUUUCAGCAGUUACAGUAUUGUUGAACCUAAUGGUGAUCAUCUCCAUCUCUCACUUCAAGCAGCUCCACACUACAACCAACCUGCUCAUCCUCUCUCUGGCUGUGUCAGAUCUCCUGGUGGGACUGAUUGUGAUACCAGUAACGACUGUAGCAUUAAUGGAACCAUGCUGGGGUUUUGGAGAAUAUUUCUGUGUGUUUCAGAUCUACAUUACUUUUUUAUGUACUUCUUUAUCGCUUGGCAAUUUGGUCUUGAUAUCUAUUGACCGCUAUGUUGCUGUGUGUGAUCCCUUAUUGUACCACUCUAAAAUAACAACAACAAGAAUGAUGUGUUGUAUAUCCAUUACCUGGUGUUGUUGUUUCAUAUACCGUGCUGCUAUUAUAAAAAACUUUGUCAAUGUACUGGUACCCGGUAGGUGUUUGAAAGAAUGUUUUAUUGUUGAAGGAAUAACCUGGGGUAAUAUCAUCGACCUUGUAAUUACAAUGGUUGUCCCGUGCUCUAUUAUUAUGACACUUUAUAUGAAAAUCUUUGUGGUGGCCAGAUCACAGGCCAGAAAUGUGUUUUCAAAAGAGUCUGCCAAUGUGUCUGGUGUUAAAACUACACGGGGAAAUAAGUCUGAGAGAAAAGCAACAAAAACUCUUUCUAUUGUUGUUUUCAACUAUUUCAAUUGUUGGAUUCCAUUUCUAUUUGUUUUCUUUUUUACUUUUGUAAUUGACAAUUUAUUAUCAGUUAUCAUCGGCUUUCUGCCUCUUGUUAAUUCCUUAAUUAAUCCAAUCAUUUAUGCUUUCUUUUAUCCAUGGUUCAAAGUGACGGCUAAACAUAUUUUAACUCUGAAUUUAAGGCGUUCGUAGUACAAAUGUUUUCAUAGUACAUGUGUUAGCUCGGGAUGGUGGAAAAGUGUGACACCAAUCAGGCCGCCGAGGACUGGAAUUGCCCUUCUAGUGUCUAGUGGAUCACUUCAACAAGUGCUGUAAAAUUUAAAUGUACAAUAUGCAUGAUAUCAGAUAACAUCCAAGUAUAACUCUAUGGUGUAUUGUGUAAAUAGUUGAUGGUCAAAUGUAAUAUGCACUUUAUAAUAGCAUUCAGUAAUAAACCAUUUGUAA